AGUCCAAGUACUCCCUGAUUUCAGUUGAAUUUCUCCUGCCCCUGAGUAGAUUCCCGCGAUUGGAACCGGAGGCAGAAGCUUCUUCGCCGGUAUGGCUCUGGGGUUGAGUUCCGGCGACGUCGCCGGAUUCAAGGUGCUCUUCUCUCUCGCCGUCCUCUACGGACUCAUAUCACUUCUGGCCUACUCCGUUCAUCAGCUGAAGUUCAUCACGCCUCUCGGCAUCGAUGCCCCACUCGAUCGAUUCUCCGAAGCCAGGGCCAUUGAACACGUCCGCGUCUUAGCGGAAGACAUCGGCGGCCGCCAGGAAGGGACUCCGGGCUUGAGACAAGCUGCUGAAUAUAUAAAAACCCAGUUAGAAACCAUGAAGGAGCGCGCUCAGCUUAAUGUUCGAGUAGAGAUAGAAGAGACUGUAGUAAACGGUUCUUUCAGCAUGAUCUUUUUAGGUUACAGCAUAUCAUUUGCUUAUAGGAACCAUACUAAUAUCAUGAUGAGAAUCUCAUCACUGCAAUCAGGAGAUGAUGACCCAUCAGUCUUACUAAAUGGCCACUUUGAUACAACACCCGGUUCUCCAGGAGCUGGUGAUUGCGGCUCAUGCGUUGCUGCAUUACUUGAAUUGGCCAGACUUACAAUUGAUUCGGGCUGGGUUCCUCCUAGACCACUUAUAUUUCUAUUCAAUGGUGCAGAAGAACUAUUCAUGCUGGGUUCACACGGGUUCAUUACAUCACAUAGAUGGCGUGAUACAAUCGGAGCAUUCAUAAAUGUUGAGGCUUCUGGAAUAGGGGGCCCUGAUUUGGUAUGCCAAUCUGGACCUGGUUCUUGGCCAUCACAAGUCUAUUCACAGGCAGCUUUAUAUCCUUCCGCAAAUAGUGCAACUCAGGAUGUUUUUGGGUUCGUUCCUGGCGAUACAGAUUACAGGAUGUUUGCUCAAGACUAUGGAAAUAUUCCAGGACUGGAUGUCAUCUUCCUCCUGGGGGGAUAUUUUUAUCAUACGUCCUCUGAUACUGUUGAAAGACUACUGCCUGGAAGCAUGCAGUUGCGUGGGGAAAAUUUGUUCAGUCUGAUCAAAGCCUUCUCCAACUCAACUGAACUUCGGAAUGCACAUGAGCGCAAAGUGCAUGCAGCGUCUCAACAGGGUUUAGCUGAUGACCAUGCAGUUUACUUUGAUUUUUUCUCUUGGGUUUUGAUAAUAUACUCUAGAAAGGUAGCCGUCCUGCUUCAUAGUAUUCCUCUUGCUAUCUUUUUUCUUAUGCCACAUCUCUUACGCUUUCAAGCUUGGGGAUUGAUUAGUUCUUCUGCAACCUUUUUUGAUUUUAUUAAGGGGAUGGUAUAUCAUGUGGCUGGGAUUGUUCUAGCCAUCGCAAUUCCUGUAAUUAUUGCUGUUUUGAACUUGUUUUUUUCUGGCCAUUCAAUGAACUGGUUUGCAAGUCCAUACCUAGCAUUUGGGAUCUUUGUACCCUUCUCACUUAUUGGAUUGUUGACCCCCCGGUUUGUUUGUAGAGAUUUUCCUCUCAGUCAGAAUCUCUCUCAUGGAAUAUCAUAUCAGUUUUUGUGCAGGAAUUGGUUACCGAAGCUAGAUUUUGGGGAGCUUUUGGAUUUUACUCCAUAGUGACAUUGGCAUACAUUGUAGCUGGGCUUAAUGGAGGCUUCAUGACUUUUCUAAUCCUAGUUUUCAUGAUUCCAGCUUGGAUUUCCUUCUUCCUAUGCAGCAAGGCUUUUGGCCAUGAAUCACUCAGGUUGAAACAUGAAAGUGAAUCUCCUUCUAUUAACAGACCAUUCAUGAUGUGGCUAUAUUUUUCCUCUUUCUGUCCCAUUUUGUGUCAUUAACCUGCUAGGCCAUCUUAUUGUGGAUGAAAUUAAAUGUAUUCUUCAUUUGACAUAAGUUGCGUUAUUUAUCCAUACUUCAGUACUUAAUAGAUGGGCUUCAUAUUC